AUGCUUUCAGAAAGGAAACCUCUUGUUGAAGAAAACACCAUAAAGCCUAAAAAGCCUACUAUGGACUCAAAUGAGGAAGAAAUAAAAGCCCCUACCAAAUCUAAAGAUGAUAAUUCUAUUAAAAAAUCAAAAAAUUCAGCAGCUGAAGAACCGCCAAUGUCUCGAUCUAAUAGCAUGGCGCAAGUUAAAUUAAAGUCUAGUCAUUUAAAUCCUAAGGCAGCUGAAAAAAUUAAGCCAAUUUCUACUUCAAAUGCUAUUCAGAGAAAACUAACUAGCCUAGAUUCAUGAAAAGCCGCUCAUGGAUUUUCAAAAGACUGCAAAGUUUUCAUCAUAAACGGAGAAUACCCUGAUAUUCGAGCAGCACUUCUUGAAAGAGGCUGGGCUGAAAAUACAGAUGUAAACAGCACAUUUUAUGAUUUUUUGUGAUCAAGAAAAGGGAAAGUGCCAAUCUUAAUAAAAGAUUGGCAAGUUUGCAACCAUUUCCCUAAAAACCAAGAACUUGUUACUAAAUGAAGGCUUUGUUCUAACUUAAAACGACUGAAUGCUCCUAAAUCAGGCUCUUCCCAAUUUUUCCCAAGGUGUUUUAAACUUAAGGAUGAAAUGAAUGAGUUUUUAGAGCACUAUAAGAUUUUAAGGAUUACAGGAAGAGUUAUAAUUUCUUGCUAUAAUUACUUAUAGCCUUCCACGUGUGGAAUUCUGCUCCACACGCGGAAAAUUUUUUUUAGCAUGUGAAGCCUGCUUAUUGGCUUGCUUCCACAUGCAAAAGAUUUUUCAACGUGUGAAACAGAAACCUACACAUGGAAGGCUAUAAGAAAUUAUAGCAAAGAAGUAUAAACAAUUUUUGGAAAAAAAUGAUGAGUUUUUGAUGGAAAAAUUGGUGCUGUGUAUAGUAAUUUUAGAAAGGUGGAUUGAUUUUAAUAGGAGAAAUACAGGUGGUGAGCAGAUGACUUUGAUGUCUAAUGUGGAAUGAAGGAAUCUGAUUUCAAAUACUCCGUUUGAUGUUUCAAGCUAUUUGAAAGAGCUCAAAAUUGACUCGUUGGAAGAAACAGAUAAGCUGAUGAACUUAGCGAAAUCUUGUCUUGAAAGACUUUCAGAGGCUGACCCUCAGUUUUUCAUUAAUGGGACUGGCAAGAUAUGGAUAGUAAAACCAGGGGGGAAAUCAAGAGGAAGGGAUAUUGCUAUAUUUUCAGAACUUAAUGAUAUAAGGUAAGCUCAUUUAAAAUUAUAAUGCCAUAAGCAGAUAGACCACUAGCCUGCUUAUCUCCUUAGGUUAGAGCCACCUCUUGCGGAUCCCCCUCAAUCAGGAUAGGCAAAGACUAAGUGGGAAACAAAACCUGUCAAGCCCUUCUGGCAAGACCGGGAAAAGUUUUUGGGAGAAACAAAACUUCCCUCUUCGGCCUGCAUCCCUAAACCCGAAAGCCUACUUCAAAAAGUGACAGAGACAUUAUUUUCUGCUUCAUCGGGCCUACCUGCUCUAUAAGAAGUGAGCCUCUUAGUCCAUCUCCCGUCGAAGUCAGCAUUUAUUUCUAUUAUAAUAUAAGGAAUUACGUAAAUAACUCUGAAAAGUGGGUAAUUCAAAAAUAUAUUGAAAAUCCUCUAUUGCUCGACCAAAGAAAAUUUGACAUCCGACAAUGGGUGCUAAUUUCUUCUUCAGACCCACUUAUAAUUUGGAUUUACAACGAAUGCUACCUCAGAUUCAGCGUGGAAAAAUACAAUGCUGAGAAUCUUAACAACUUAUUUGUCCAUUUAACAAAUAACAGCAUUUCUAAAAACUCUGAAGCGUUUGAUGGAAUUGAAGAUGGCUGCAUGUGGCAUAUUGAUCGAUUUAAAGAACAGUUAUUCUCUAUUUACGGAAGAGACAUGUGGAGUGAAAUAUUUUUAAAAAUAAAAGAAAUAGUGAAAGCCACGAUUUUGUCCGUUGGAAAUUUUGGGAGAAGAAAAUCGUUUGAAAUCCUUGGCUAUGAUUUUAUGAUAGAUGAAAAUUUAAAACCAUGGCUAAUAGAAAUAAAUUCAAGCCCAGCAAUGGAUUAUAGCACUCCUGUGACUGAGUUACUUGUUAAGCAAGUGCUAGCAGAUUUAGUUAAAGUGGUAGUUGAUAGAAAAGAUAGCCCAAUAUGUGAUACAGGGAAGUUUGAAAUUUUAUAUCAAGGUAAAGUUAAGCUAGUGGGUAAGAUUAAUUAA